GGAGUUUAUAAAACUCAAAAACCGAACCCAUUUCUUUCUUUAUUCUUUCAUUGUCUUGAUCGGAGUAAUGGAUGAUUUUAAGAGGAGGAAUCAAAUACCAGCAUUUGGGAACUGGGAUUAUUUCUCAGAUGGUACUGCUGGGACAGCAAUUACACAGUGUUUCGAAUCAGUUAGAUACAGUUGUGUUGCUGGUGAUCAUAGAGAUUUGUAUGGUGCUGGUGCUCAUGAUUUUCUUUACUCUAAUCAUAUUCCUCCUCAUACUUAUCACCAUCCUCUUAUCAAACCACCACCACCUUCCUUCACUGUUGUUUCUCGCAGAAAGACGAAGGAAGGAGUACCAAGGGAGAAACCUUACCACAACAACAACAACAAUAAUAGGAGUACGAAGGAUAAAAAAAAACAUGGUAGGGUACAUGACGUGACUAGACCACCGGUAGAACAUAGUCAUCAUCAUCAUCACUCAUCAAAGAUUCCAAAAAGAAUUCCUCCUAAAGCUGUUGAUGAAGAUCUUUACAAAAUCCCUCCUGAACUUCUCUACAAAUCCAAAAGAAAGAAGAUAUUUGGAUUCUUCUCAUGCUUAGUACCCACUUGUGAUGCUGCUUGAAAUUUAAAGAACAAGAAGAAGAAGAAAUAGCUUAAUUUUUGUUUCACUAUUUACUUAAAGAAAUGUGGAGGUGC